UAUACUCUCUCAUUAUAUUAUCUCAUAACAGUUUUACACUUACAUGUCAUUUUGAGUGCAGCCGGUGUGAACAAUGGCAAAGCCCUUCAAGCUUCGAAUGUCCAGGGUCAUCACGUCCCUACAAUCUUGCAAUUCCAAAGACACUUCCACUCUCCCAGAAGAUCCCGUCCCUUCAUUCCUCAAACAAUCCUCAUCACCCAACACCACCAAGCUCAUCACCGCCGUCGAUUUCCCCGUCACUAACACCCACCGCUCUUCCUCCGCCCUCAGACGCCACGUUUCAUCCGCCCUUAUAUCCGUCGGCUGCGGCUUGACCUCCCGCAAUUCCGGCGCUAGAUCACGGCCGCCGCCGGAGUUCAAGUGGCGGGAAGAGGAGAACUGGCACGUGGUUGCCAAUAUUUGCGACGAAACGAAACCGCGUCAGAAAAUCUAUAGCUCCUCCGUCUCCGGCGACGACAAAAACGAGGUUUUGGCCUUGCCUCCGCCGUCCACGGCGGAGAGAAAGAAACGCCGGGCCAGAAAAAAGAAAACAACGGCGGCGGCGGUUCGAAUCAGCACUUCAUCCGCCGACGAAAGCGGGCUGUUUAGCAACGACGAGGAAGAGACCGAAACUCUCGUCUCAAGCCUAUCCACCGAUUCAUCCUUCGAGUUCAACUCAAAAACGGAUCACAACAAUCGGAUCAUCCGGAGAAGCAAACGAAAGCCCAAGAAACGCGCCGCGAAACGCGGAACGGCACCAACGGCCAGAAGGCCGUCAGUUUCUUCAACGACGUCGUCUGAGGGCGAGGUGCCAGCGCGGCUGUCGGUGUUCAAGAAGCUCAUCCCAUGCAGCGUGGAGGGGAAAGUGAAGGAGAGCUUCGCAGUGGUGAAGAAAUCGCGGGACCCUCACGAGGACUUCAAGAGGUCGAUGAUGGAGAUGAUUUUGGAGAAGCAAAUGUUCGAGAAGGAUGAUUUGGAAGAGCUGUUGCAGUGCUUUCUGUCUUUGAAUGCGAGGCAGUACCACGGGAUUAUCGUCGGCGCUUUCUCGGAGAUUUGGGCGGAAUUAUUCUUUGCUGCUAAUAACGUUAGUUCCAGUCCUAGAAUGUCGUCGUCUGCCUUUGGACCACGUACGCCCUCAUGUUCCUAGAAUCCUAGCUAGCUUAGAAGCCAAGCCUGUAUGUAAAUUAAAGCUACAUCCAUCAUCCAUGGCGAUAUGAUCAUUUCUACGGUUCCAUCUACCAACUAGAAUUUGACUAUUCUAGGAUAUAUUCCACCUAGUUAUUAUGUUUGUUGUAAUAAUUAAGGAGUUUAAAUUAACUAUAUAUGUAGUAAUUUUUUCUUUUUCA